GCACAAAGGCCGAGGCGGCGAUCCCGAAGCUCACCUCUCGGGGCUUGUCAGACCUUUCCAUAGACAUCAAUGUUGCUACUGUCAAGAGUCUGGGGAACAUGGGCAAGAAGGCUGCGGAUUCGGUGACAGCGAUUUUCGACGGGGUGGGCUGGGAAGUCAAGUCCGCGAAUGAUCCCUACCUGAAAGCAGCGAGCAAGGCCUUGGCGAAGAUUGGCAAAAAAGAGCCCAAGAAGGUGCUUCAGGUUGCCAGACAGAGGAUGACGACCUACAUCCCUUGGUAUGAGAAAUGGCUCGCUAUCAAGACGUGUGGCCUGCUUGGUAAGGAAGCAGUCAACUUGAUUCCCUUGAUUCACAACAUGUUGUACGAUGACAAUCACGACGUGCAGACAGCUGCCGACCGGGCCUUGUACCUCAUAGCGAA